AUGAUCUACAGUGAGACCCUCCCCCUCCCUCUCUCCCCCUCUCACCCCUUCUCUCCCUCUCUCUCACCCCCUCUCUCAUCCCCUCUAUCCCCCCUCUCACCCCUUCUCUCCCUCUCUCUCACCCCCUCUCUCAUCCCCUCUAUCCCCCCUCUCACCCCUUCUCUCCCUCUCUCUCACCCCCUCUCUCAUCCCCUCUCUCCCCCCUCUCACCCCUUCUCUCCCUCUCUCUCACCCCCUCUCUCAUCCCCUCUCUCCCCCUCUCACCACCCUUCUCUCCCUCUCUCUCACCCCCUCUCUCAUCCCCUCUAUCCCCCCUCUCACCCCCCUCUCUCCCCCCCCCCGCCCCCGACCUCAUUGUGCGUCAGACAGAGCACAGAGUGCAGCCCUCUCCCUGCUCUGCUCCAGCACUUUGAGGAGGCCCAGCACUUUGAGGAGGCCCAGCACUUUGAGGAGGCCCAGCACUUUGAGGAGGCACAGCACUUUGAGGAGGCCCAGCACUUUGAGGAGGCCCAGCACUUUGAGGAGGCCCAGCACUUUGAGGAGGCACAGCACUUUGAGGAGGCACAGCAGUUUCCCAGUUUAAUGGAACAUCCCUGA